GUUGGUGGGGAAACUUGAAGGAGCCCCGUUUACGUUACGUACCUGUGGUACGUAGUACAAAAAGGGCCAAAGCCAAGGAUCACAUGGGAAUGUGGCUGGUGCCCAGUCUAGUGGCUAGUUGAUCGUGGCUUGCGGGAACUUCUCAGGGGUAAAACACUGCAGGGGCUAAUAUGCACAGACCACUACAUAAACCAGCUGCGUCAUAAGAGGUAUCUCUGUACCUAAUUACCUAAGCACUUCACAAUUUUUAGGUCACGUGCAAGUGAUCAAAGCUGCCCACAAGCAGAAGCGAACUCUUCCACAAAAUAAUUAUUCGGCCCCUCCAUCUUCAUACCACAACUUACAACUGCACAGCCAAUUUCAGAAAUCAGACAAUAUGGCUCCCGCAGCAACUGGCGCAAAGAAGCAGAAGAAGAAGUGGUCGAAGGGCAAAGUCAAGGACAAGGCCCAGCACGCCGUCCUACUCGACAAGACCACUUCCGACAAGCUCUACAAGGAUGUUCAAUCGUACCGCCUCGUCACAGUCGCUACCCUCGUCGACAGACUAAAGAUCAACGGCUCGCUGGCACGAAAAUGCCUUAAGGAUCUCGAGGAGAAGGGUCAGAUCAAGCCCAUCGUCACACACAGCAAGAUGAAGAUCUACACCCGAGCUGUCGGUGCUACGGAUUAAACCAUCAAUCUCACGAUACCAUGAAAAAAAAGCUCGGUUGACAGUCGACGAUAGAGUGACGGACCAGAUGGAUCGCGGACGGGGGAAUAUGAUGGAUUCAGGCAUUUGGUCCUCGGCGUAGCAUUGGGACGGUUAUGGUUCAGUAUUUCGCUUCAGUCAUUCAGAUAAGGGCCAAAUGAGAAAACCCUGAUCAUUCUGCUUAAACCGUACCGCUCUCUCGUGUCAUUAUUGUAAUAACUUUCCAUGCCGUAUUUAUAAGGACGAUGAUGACAAUGGACGUAGGUAUACAAGAUUUAAGACGAUCCUGCCAUGCAAUGUGCAUAGUAUUAUCUGGUCAUGCUUAGCCUAACUUGUAGGCCUAUAACGACGAGUUCGAGUUGAUUUAGGCAUGGCAUAGAGUCGACAGCUGUCACAAUGUUUGUUUUAUGUCACACCGCAUAUCAACUAGGACACACCGAUGUACUACAUAGAUACCCAAUGACUUGAUAAACUCUUGUAUAUUACCUACCUCAGUGUUAUCCAC